GACACCAAAGACCGAGACCAGACGACCAGACGUCGACGUAAAUUACCUGGAAAAAAGAUUAUAGGUUAUCAAUUUCACAAUCUCAACAUACACAACCUGACAUUAAAAUCCACGACUGACCCGGAGAAAACUGUCAUGGCAGAAGAGGUGAAGACUGUAUCUACUUGCUCAAUCUUUGAUGAAGAGAGCUUUUGCCGACUAACAAAAGGCAUCCAAGUUUCUCCUCUAGUCCGACUGAAGCAGACACCAUGUUUGACUAGUGAGGAAGAUGCUCGCCAGUUGAUCCAAGAACUGAAUGUCUCCGACCGUCUGUUCUGCUCGUUCUGUGAUGUCAGUUUCUCCGAUCAGUCGCAACAGAGACAUCACUACAAGAUGGACUGGCACAGAUACAACCUAAAGCAGCAUCUGGCCAAUCGUAAACUCUUUACUGAGGAUAGGUUCUAUCAGAUCACUGAGCAGGACGAUGUGUCUAGUAUCUCGGGAUCCGAGACGGAGUCAGAGUCUGAGCUCGGCUCUCUGACGGAGACGGAAGACCUUUCAGACGAGAGGUUGAGCCACCUGGUCGCGCGGAGGGCUCGGCUACUGUUUGAGAACCAAUCGGGGAAACUGAUAUCUGUCUAUCAAUGCUUGGUGCAUAGUAAAAAGUCAGAGUUACCAACUGAAGAACAGCUGGUGUCGUCUGCUUUACAACUGCCCAUCCAGAACCAGUGGAUGAUUAUUAUGCUGGGCGGAGGACAUAUGGCAGCUGCGAUAUUCAAAGGGACGGAGGCCAUCAAACACAAGACGUUCCACAGCUACACAGUGAGAGCCAAGCAGGGAGGCGGACAGAGUGGGAAGGAUAACAGCGGCAAACACGCCAAGAGUGCUGGAGCCAGUCUGCGCCGCUACAACGAACAGGCUCUUACACAGCAUGUGCAAGAGAUUGUGAGCGCUUGGACAGCGGAGGUAGCAGCGUGUCACCUCAUCUUCUACCGCGCUGUAGGGCCGUUCAACCGUGGAGUGUUGUUCGGAGGCAAGACCGCGCCACUGAACAAAGCCGAUCCUCGUCUGCGCACUGUGCCGUUUCCUACGCGGCGAGCCACCUUCAGUGAAGUACAACGAGUGCAUAGCCUACUGUCUACUGCCACCGUGUAUGACUCGCCAGAAGUGUUCCGUUCGACCUUGCUGUCACCUCGAAGGUCGAGAAAGGACGAGGCAAUAGAGGAGACAGUCACUCCAGUUAAGCCAGAGUCGCCCAAGAAGCACAUUGACCGAGCAAAGUCAAGGCCUUCGCCCGACAGAGCGUUACCCGAACAUGUCACACUACUGGCAGAGUAUGAAUCGUCAGAUAGUGAAUUUGAACAAGACAACCACUCGAUGAUCCAUAACGACAAAGAGAUAUCGUUCGGUGACAGCCUGCAGGAGUUCCAGGACACUGUUCCUAAGAAACCAAAGAGAAAGAGGAAGAAAAAAGAACCGACGCCAGAAAAAGAGUUCAGCGCAGAGUUAAAGAGUUUCCGCCAGAAAGUGGUGACGGCAUGUGCGGCAGGUGAUGUGACUCUGCUGACGUUGUCACUGCAGCAGGAGGGAUCCGUUAUCAACGAGGAGGAGCGGACGGAAGCCGUCAACCAACUCAACACGGACGGUCUGUCCCUGCUGCAGAGCGCAGCUAGACACUCGCACAAGGAAAUAGUCUGGAUCUUGCUGGAAAACGGUGCCAAUCCAUGCACAAAGGACCAAAAAGCGAUGACGGCUUAUGACUUUGCCCCGGACAAAGACACUCGCAACACUUUCCGUCGCUUCAUGGGACAGUUCCCUGACAAGUACGACUAUAGCAAGUCUCACAUUCCCAGCGCGCUGACGAACGAGAUAGAGAGAGAAGCUGCGGAGAAGAGAAGAGCGCAGAGAAAGGCGAAGCGAGAGAAGGAGAGGGAGAAGAGGAUUGCUGAUGAGCCGAGAAGACAAGAGGAAGCGGAGAGAAAAAGAUUUUUGGAACUCAGCGAUAGAGAAAAGAGAGCUCUUGCUGCUGAGAGGAGGUUGUUAGCUGCUGCGGGCAAGUCCGGCGUGGUGCUCACCCGAUGCUACCUUUGUGCCAUCGACAUCACAGGGAAAGUCCCAUUUACUUACGAAACUAACCUGUUCUGCAGCAUGCCGUGUCUUAAGGCACAUCGGAUACAACAAAAAUAAUAAAUAUAAAUUUCUUUUUUUACCUCAA